AUGUUCUCAUUAUGGACAGCUUUCAUAUUUAUGUCUCUUGCACCCUGGGCUGCAGCUGAAGACUGUGUUCCUGGUCCAGUAUCUCUCUCCCUUACCAAUACCACUUUGUCAACUGGCAAACUCCAGCGUGGAAUAUCUUUAAAGGUCGGGACUCCACAGCAACAAUUUACUUUCCUACCAAAAUGGGAUAAUAACAAUACAUUUUUAUAUGGUCCCAACUGCGAUUCUCUGAAUCUCGUGAAGACUAACGACGCUUGCAUUACGUUCCGAGGCGGUAUAUAUGGAAACAAGUCAGACUCAAGGGGUACGCUUGCCUCAUCUAUUAAGCCUCCUCCGGACUUGUGGAGUUCAACAACAUACGACAUAUUCACGGACAAUGUGAAUCUAAACAUCAACAAAAGUCUGCAAGCGUUUCCCUUAGCAAGUCCAAAAGAUAUUAAAAGUUGGGACACGCAAGGUUACGAUCCUCAGAACAUCAUCGGAUUAGGAUCUGGGUCGACCAUCAUAGACGCCUGCCGCAAAGCGGGAACCAUCGCUUCAGACUCUAUCGGCUUUUUCUGGGGAUUGGACGGCGUUCUUGAUAAGGAUCAAUCGAAAGGCUCCUUUGUCCUGGGAGGAUAUGACAGAGCCAAGACCUUUGGCGACGGCUAUACACUGCCACUUUCAGACCGUUCCGAUUGCCCGACAGGGAUGAUCGUAUCUAUUGCUGAUAUUGUCCUUAACUUUGUUAAUGGAACAGAUACCUCUCUAUUUCCAGAUAGUAAAGGUACUAUUUUGACGGCUUGCCUCAUCCCAGAGCGCCCAAUGCUUAUGGACAUGCCUCGUACCCCCUAUUUUGACAACUUGUUGGAUGCAAUUGGAAACGAGGAAUUUGGUCGAAGUACCGGAGUUGAUUGGUGGAAUGUCAUUCUUAAUCCAUCAAUGUCAAUGUUUACUGGUGACAUAACUUUUACGUUGGAUAAUAAUAUGGACAUUACAAUACCAAACCGCCAACUUGUUGUGCCGGAGCGGUAUAUUGAUGAUAAUGGAAAUUUGGCUAUCAACUCAUCUCUGCCGGUUAUACGCAUUAAUUCCUUGCAGAACACCACGUCACAAGUUCUUCCUAAUCUGGGGCGAUAUUUUCUUACAGGCGCAUACGUUCUGUUCAAUCGGGAUGCCAAGGAAUUUACGCUUUGGCAAGCAAAUCCAACGUCAAGUGAGGAUUUGGUCGCUGUAAAUGAGAAGAACGAAGUUUUUGAGGCAACUCAAAGUUGUGCGAAGGUACCAGCGACAUCACUGCCACCUCCAACAUCAGUGCCAAGCUCAGGGAGCGAUAACGACGGAAAGCCAGAUGGCAGCAAUAGCUCUUCAAAAUCAUCGUCUUCACUCUCCGCCGGGGCAAUUGCAGGUAUCGCUAUCGGCUGCGUAGCAAUUAUUGCUAUUAUCCUCGGCUUUUUGUGGUGGCGUCUAAUAUUGCGUCGAAAAUCCAAGGCAGAAACUCAGAGAUCCAUCUCACAAGAAGAUUGUUUAGCAGGUAACGGUGGUGAUGGUGUAAUGUCUAUAAAACAUUCUCCUUUAAUGCUGCAAGAGAUGCCAUCUGAGUCAAGAGGGGUUGUCGAAUUGCCAACAUAGAUAAACAAACAGUAAUAUUUAAUAAGCAUACAAAAGCCAGAAAUUCUUCCGUUU